AUGGAUCAUUUCGUUCAACAAUCUCGACGUGGAAUUGGUCAAACACGACCUGUUGGAUGGAAAAGCAUACCACCACCAUGUGAAGCUGUUCGUGCAAAAAUUUUAGAAAACAUUAGACUUCGACAACAAAAAGAAGAGAAAGAUCGAGCUAUGCGUGUUGCGCGCGCAAAAGAACGCGAAAAAAAGGUUGAUAUGUGCACUUCUCAUCAAGAAGAAAUCGCGAAAAUUGACAUCAAAAUAAAAUCGAUUGAUGAAAGAAUCUUCGAAUUGGGAGUUUUAAAAUCUAAAAUUUUUUCUGAACUAAAAGAAGUUGUGGCCAAAGAAAAGAUUGAACGCAAGAAACAAUCAUUGUGA